ACAACCGUAGUCACCAGUGAGUCGGUGCAAAUCUGUUGCCGCUGUCGUGUCGUUACGCUUACGCCCCACGCGCGCAACCGGUCCGUCGUGAAGCCUGUCCUAAUCGGGCACAGUCCUGACGUCGCCAAAUAUAGUUGUAUAUUCGGGACAGAGCUUUUGUUUAACACAAGCCGAUGGUGGCGGCGGCGGCGAUGAUGUGCCCGGGUUUUUCCGAGUACGCCGGCUACUCCGGCAGCCGGUCCGAUUCGUAUGCAUUCGUAGACGGAUUGGCGGCUGCUGAUAAAAUACGCCGACCCAGCAUUGGUCGGCGCCUGGCCGCCGUCUUCGAGCCGUCCUGUAACAAGCUGUCCAUGAAGAUUUACGGAAGUAAGAAGGCCGUGCUCAAGGAACGCUAUAGACAAAGGUCCUUGGGCGUCUGGGUCAUACAUCCGUGUUCAAAGUUCAGGUUUUAUUGGGAUUUGUGCAUGCUCCUGCUGUUGGUCGCUAAUUUGAUUAUUCUUCCAGUUGGCAUAUCGUUUUUCAAUGACGAUUUCGACACCAGGUGGAUUAUAUUCAACUGCUUGUCGGACACAAUUUUUUUAGUCGACAUAAUGGUUAAUUUUAAAACGGGUAUCCUACAAACGGACACUUGCGAGCAAGUGACUUUGGAUCCCAAAGUAAUCGCUAAGAACUAUUUAAAGUCGUGGUUUUUUUUGGACUUGAUCAGUUCUCUUCCGCUGGACUACUUGUUCCUGAUGUUCAACCAAAACGUAGGGGAAGGCAUUCAAAUAUUGCACGCGGGACGCGCCCUCCGAAUCCUCCGGCUGGCCAAACUGCUCAGCUUAGUAAGACUGCUUCGUCUGUCUCGGCUGGUGCGAUACGUUAACCAAUGGGAGGAAGUCUAUAUACUAAAAGGACAACCGAAUGUGUCAUCGAGCCAAGGAGGUCACAGCGACAGCGUAACAAUGACCAAGUUCUUAAACAUGGCCAGCGUUUUUAUGAGAAUUUUCAACUUAAUAUGUAUGAUGCUGCUCAUUGGUCACUGGUCUGGUUGUUUGCAAUUCCUGGUGCCAAGCUUGCAAGGUUUUCCACCUAAUUCAUGGGUAGCCAUAAAUGAAUUACAGGGUGCAGACUGGGCAGAACAAUAUUCAUGGUCACUCUUUAAAGCUAUGUCGCAUAUGUUAUGCAUUGGAUACGGUUUGUUUCCACCACAAUCAUUGACUGAUAUGUGGCUGACUAUGUUGUCAAUGAUUAGUGGAGCUACUUGCUAUGCACUAUUUUUAGGGCAUGCUACUAAUCUCAUUCAGAGUUUGGAUUCUUCCCGGCGACAAUACCGAGAAAAAGUUAAACAAGUGGAAGAGUAUAUGUCCUACAGGCGUUUACCUUUAGACAUGCGUAAGAAAAUUACAGAAUUUUUUGAGCAUAAAUAUCAAGGGAAGUUUUUCAAUGAGAAAUGGAUUCUUCAAGAAGUCUCUGACAAAUUGCGCGAGGAUGUCCGGAAUCAUAAUUGUAGAAGGCUCGUUAAGUCAUUACCUCUGUUUCAAAACGCUGAUACGAAUUUCCUUACUGAUAUAAUCGACUGUCUAGAAUUUGAAAUGUUUCAAUCAGGUGAUACAAUCAUACGUGAGGGCACAAUAGCUUCCAAGAUGUAUUUUGUGGAAGAAGGAGUUGUGGAAGUGAUGAUAUCCAGUGGGCAGCAGGUGGUCGCCACUUUAAGUGAUGGUAGUUAUUUUGGAGAAACGUGUUUGUGGGCUCCUGGGGCCCGCCGUCCAGUGACAGUGCGUGCUGAAACUUAUUGUACACUUUUCUCGUUAGCUGAGUCGGCUUUUAGACUUACUUUAGAUAAGUAUCCUGAGUUCAAACAGCAAGUAACCGUUAUAUUGAAUGACCGUGCCAUACGGAUGGCCGAGCUGGGUCAAUGCUUGUCCGAGGGAGACGCGAAAUUAUAACAUAACUUUUUUGAUACUCACAUUGCCAAGUAAUUGUCUACUUAAUUACUAUUUCUCUUUUAUAAUUUACAAAAAAUUCAAGUUGAAUAGGGAUCAAGUUAAAAGUUAAUUAGACUUUUUACUAUUUUUAAAGUUUAUUUAAUGAGUUAUAAUUUUUAAAUUACCAAAAAGAUGAUUAUAUUAAACAUUUAUAUAUCUAAAUGAAUAUUUAUAUUUUAUAAACCAUUUUUAUAGAUAUUUGUCAAGGAUCUUGUUGAAUUAAAGUGCAUUGUUGCAAAUUUAAAUUUGAUUGAUUAAUAAUUGAUUCAUUAAUUUUUACUGUAGUUUUGAUUUGUAUGUGACGAUUUUA